AUGUUUGCAGCUAGUUUGCUAGCAAGGUUCAUGCAUUGUCCCACUAGCAAACACCUUGGAACAGCAAAACGUGUCCUUAGAUAUGUAAAAGGAACCUUGGAUUAUGGUCUGGAGUAUGUGAAAGGAAAAGGGGCAGUUCUAAUUGGCUAUUGUGACCGCGAUUGGAGUGGCUCAGUGGAUGAUAGCAAGAGCACAUCUGGAUACGCUUUUUCUUUUGGGAGUGGAGUGUUUGCUUGGGCCUCAGUCAAGCAAAAUUGUGUUGCACUCUCUACUGCAGAAGCUGAAUACAUCAGUGCCUCUGAAGCAACAACACAAGCUAUUUGGUUGAGAUUUGUCCUAGAAGACUUUGGAGAACUUCAAACAGAAGCUACACCUCUCCACUGUGACAACAUUUCAGCUAUUGCCAUUACAAGGAAUCCUGUUUUCCAUCAGAAAACCAAGCAUAUUGAUCGGAGGUAUCAUUUUAUUAAAGAUGCUUUGCAAGAAGGAACUGUGGAUUUGAUCUAUUGCCCCACAAAUGAGCAACUAGCAGACAUUUUUACUAAGGCAUUGGCUAAGGAUCGUUUCUGCUAUCUCAGAGAGAAACUCGGUGUGAAAUCAGCUCACAACUUAAAGGGGAGUGUUGAAAUAUAA